CGGGCGGGCACAGUGUAGGGUUACAGUCCAUUUAUGGGUGCAGCAGAGGGCAGAUAUCAGCGGCGAUGGCAUUCCCUCCCAGCUAUUCUUAGGAGCCGCUCAGGAGCUCCCCACUGCCUGGCCAGGCAGCAAGGGACGGAGCAGGGGCAUCUGCCGUGGGAACCAGCAUGUCUUACAGCGUGACCCUGACCGGGCCAGGGCCCUGGGGCUUCCGCCUGCAGGGGGGCAAAGACUUCAACAUGCCCCUGACCAUCUCCAGGAUCACGCCGGGCAGCAAGGCAGCCCAGUCCCAGCUCAGCCAGGGUGACCUCGUGGUGGCCAUUGACGGCGUCAACACAGACACCAUGACCCACCUGGAGGCCCAAAACAAGAUCAAGUCUGCCAGCUACAACCUGAGCCUCACCCUGCAGAAGUCGAAGCGCCCCAUUCCCAUCUCCACGGCUGCGCCCCCGGUUCAGUCUCCUCUGCCGGUGAUCCCGCACCAAAAGGACCCUGCUCUGGACACGAACGGCAGCCCCGAGGCGAGGGCCGGCCCGGGCACCCCGGGCACGCCGGGCACCCCAGAGCUUAGGGGCGCCUUCAGCCCCUCCUUCUCCCAGGCCUCCACCUUCUCCCCGCACACGGAGGUCUUGGACUCCGGCCUUUCACAGGGCAGCCCGAGCACCAAGAUCAGCUCGGAGGGGGCCCGGGCUGCACAGGGCUCGCGCCGGCCGAGGCAGUACAACAACCCCAUUGGCCUGUACUCGGCAGAGACCCUGAGGGAGAUGGCUCAGCUGUAUCACAUGAGCCUCCGAGGGAAGGCCUCGGGUGCUGGACUCCCAGGAGGCGCCGACUACCAGGAACGCUUCAACCCAGGUGCCCUGAAGGACUCGGCCCUGUCCACCCACAAACCCAUCGAGGUGAAGGGGCUGGGCGGCAAGGCCACCAUCAUCCACGCCCAGUACAACACUCCCAUCAGCAUGUACUCCCAGGAUGCCAUCAUGGAUGCCAUCGCCGGCCAGGCCCAGGCCCAGGGCAGUGACUUCAGCGGGAGCCUUCCUGUGAAAGACCUGGCGGUGGACAGCGCCUCGCCCGUGUACCAGGCUGUGAUCAAGAACCAGAACAAGCCGGAGGACGAGGCUGACGAGUGGGCCCGCCGCUCCUCCAACCUGCAAUCGCGCUCCUUCCGCAUCCUGGCUCAGAUGACGGGGACGGAAUUCAUGCAAGACCCCGACGAGGAAGCUCUGCGAAGGUCAAGCACCCCCAUUGAGCAUGCUCCAGUGUGCACCAGCCAGGCCGCCACCCCGCUGCUGCCCGCUUCUGCCCAGCCGCCUGCUGCUGCCUCUCCCAGCACAGCCUCGCCGCCCCUGGCUGCAGCCGCGGCCCAUGCAGCCCCUGCCUCAAGCCCUGCGGACAGUCCAAGGCCCCAGGCCUCUACCUAUGGCCACACAGCAGCUGCCUCUCCAGCACCUGCCGCCCAUACCAGCUACAGCGAGGGCCCAGCUGCCCCUGCACCCAAGCCCCGGGUCGUCACCACUGCCAGCAUCCGGCCAUCUGUCUACCAGCCAGUGCCUGCACCUACCUACAGCCCGUCGCCAGGAGCCAGUUACAGUCCAGCCCCCUACACUCCUUCACCUGCCCCUUCCUACACCCCCUCCCCUGCCCCCACCUACUCCCCUUCCCCAGCACCCACCUACACCCCCUCGCCUGCCCCCAACUAUAACCCUUCACCCUCAGCGGCCUACAGUGGGGGUCCCACGGAAGCUGCCAGCCGGCCCCCCUGGGUGACAGAUGACAGCUUCUCUCAGAAGUUUGCCCCUGGCAAGACCACCACCACUGUCAGCAAGCAGACCCUGCCACGGGGGGCCCCGGCCUAUACCCCGGCAGGGCCCCAGGUGUCCCCUCUCGCCAGGGGCACCGUCCAGAGGGCCGAGCGCUUCCCAGCCAGCAGCCGAACUCCACUCUGUGGCCACUGCAACAGCAUCAUCCGGGGCCCUUUCCUCGUAGCCAUGGGCCGCUCCUGGCACCCGGAGGAGUUCAACUGUGCCUACUGCAAGACCUCCCUGGCAGACGUGUGCUUUGUGGAGGAGCAGAACAACGUUUACUGUGAGCGGUGUUACGAGCAGUUCUUUGCCCCACUCUGCGCCAAGUGCAAUGCCAAGAUCAUGGGGGAAGUGAUGCAUGCCCUGCGGCAAACAUGGCACACCACCUGCUUUGUGUGUGCGGCGUGCAAGAAGCCCUUCGGGAACAGCCUCUUCCACAUGGAAGACGGGGAGCCCUACUGCGAGAAAGACUAUAUCAAUCUGUUCAGCACCAAGUGUCAUGGCUGCGAUUUCCCUGUGGAGGCUGGUGACAAGUUCAUUGAAGCGCUGGGGCAUACCUGGCAUGACACCUGCUUCAUCUGUGCGGUCUGCCACGUGAACCUGGAGGGGCAGCCGUUCUACUCCAAGAAGGACAAGCCCCUGUGCAAGAAGCAUGCUCACGCCAUCAACGUGUAGGAGCCAAGGGUGUCCCAUGCGGGCGAGGCUCGCGGCUGCUCCUGCUGCUGGCAACCGUGGAUUCGGAGGCUGAUGUUUCUUUUUGGGGGAAAGGGAAGGAGGAAGCGAUUGAGCCCUUUUGAAGUAUAAUUUUAGUCCUCUCUUCUGUACACAGAUCGUGUAUUUGCAUAGUUCAGACUAGAAGCCAAAUGAACAUUCUCCACCAAACUAGCAAUUAAUCCAAGACGGGGGUUGUACUUCAAACGUGUAGGACAGAAUUCCAAGAACUCAAAAGUGAAAAACUAAAAGCGACUUUCCCAGAGCGAUGCCACAGUUCCCUGCAUCCCCUGCUGGGGACCCAGCUCAGCGCGGGUGGGAGACUCCUAGCGUUCUGUGGAGUUUCUCUCUCUCUCUCUCUCUCUCUCUCUCUCUCUCUCUCUCUCUCUCGGAGGUCCUCUGGCAAACAGGACCCAGUGCCAAACCCUGGCUGCAGGGUAUUUUUAGAGCCAUAGCUGAGAGCUUGCUAGCUAAGCCCCAUCGGGCUUUCCUCGCCAAAAAAGGAAGUGUUAUUCCCCGACUGGCGUCACGGAACGACCUCUGCUCAUUGGACCUUAGACCCCGCACGGACUGGAGAAGUUGGAAAGGGAGCCCAGGCAUCCGCAGAGCUGUCCUCGGGGGUCCGCUGGGCAGCUGACCGGAGCUCCCACUCCCUGGGCGUGAGAUACCUAUGGUCCCCCCUCCGCGAGGCUUUGCACCCGUUUGAGUUGUGCUGGGGAGGGUGGAAUUGGCUUUCUCCAGUUUGGCUUUGCAGUGGGCGAGAGGACAUUUGUCAAAGGCUCGGGGUUCUGUUUGGCCUUUGUUGUGCUUUGAGAGGUUCCUGAGCGGGAGUGUCCCCUGCAUGCAUUUCACACACCCCCGGUCUGACUGCUCCCCCGUGACAUCCAUCUCAGCACCCCACGCCCACUCCGCGACAGGCUGAGUGGCCCGUGGAUAAGCAGAGCGAGACAGUGUCCUGGACAGGGAUGAUGCCAGAAGAGGCCAAACCGUGCCAGACCCUGGGUCAGGAAAGAGCUUCCUGACUUCCUGCCAACUUGAGCGAGAACAAAGGAGCGGGCAGAACCUGCAGGGCUGCGCCGGCCUCUGCACAGGUCCAUGUGUGACCGCGGUAGCCGCUGGAAGGAAAGGAUGGACUGACAGCCCCCACGGUGACCAUUUUGGCCCGUGUGUUGGAAGCGUGAGCGGUGAUUUCAGUCUGUGCUGGAGCACACAGGGGGGCCGGCAUGAGCUCCUUGCCUGUAGGGGUGCCCGUCUGAGUGGGUAAGCAUCUCCCCGCAGCCCGAGCUGCCAUCCUGGUUGGGAAGCGCGGUUAGCACCCCUGCAGCAGGCCGUGUGCGUGGAGGUGUCUCAUUGGAGCACAGCACUUGGCCGCGCUGCCCACUCACUGCUGCUCUCUCCUCGCUCCGGUUUUGGAUUUUUUUUUUUUUUUUUGGUCUUUGCACGUUUGAAAUGUUUUACCGGAAUGCAUUAGAACUCUGUGUUUCAUUUCUGAGAACUGUGGCUUCCAGGAGACUGCCAGCCUACCUAGGUGGACAAGGAGGCAGCUGGCUGUGUCCCUAGUGGAAGCCUGCCUUUUUUUUUUUUUUUUUUCCAAAUGUGAAGCCACCAGCCUCCCCCAGGAAGCCCCUGGAAGCUCUUGGUGGACAUAAACAGUUCCCACUCCAGGGCCCUUCCUUACAUUUGAGGAAGUGAAAGCUAAGCAGGGGGCACUGCCUGGGGGUUUGUCGGGAGAGGCACACAAACACCUUGAAGCAGCCUCUGAUUUUUGGAAAGGUCAAAGACACAGGCACGAGGAGGUUGCAGACUGCGCAAGGCUCUAGGCAGGUUUUCUCCAAAAAUAAUCUGUUAAAUGCUCAGAGCCUACUCUCGAGUCAAGAAGAAAACCAUCCCCCAGAGUUUCCAACAUCUCUUUUUAAAGGUUACGCAACCCACACCCCCCAGCACGCACGCAUACACACACACACACACACACACCCCUCCACACCAUCAUUUAAAAAAAAAAAUACACGCUCCUUAAAAAGCAAGCCGAGCUAUCUCACAGGGUAGCUUCACCAAGUCCUUUCUCGAAUCAGUGUUUCCAGUCUCAGAGCUGGAGUGGAUUCGGCGGGACUCUUGUUUACUAAAGAAACAGACAAAGCAUUUGAAAGGUAGCAGGAACAGGAAGUAGUUUUGAGUGUGGUUCGCUCGGUGUCUAAGUCUGGUGUGUCGUCGGGAUGAAGGUGGUCUCCUUUAAGUGGACAUCACGGAAGUCCCGCAGCACCAAACGCCCGUUCUUAGUGGUCGGAGGUGGGGAGAGGGCUUGGGAUCUGCAAGUCUCCUCACUGUUGACAUGAAUUCAGCAUUUAUAAACAUUAACUUUUUGCAACUGAGUGACUUGUUGCUGCACUGUGUUAGGAAUCUAGCUUUUAUAAUGUUAACUUUUCAACCCAUGCACUUUUGUUUUGGAAUUUUUUUUUGGAUUUUUUGUUUUUUGCCAGGAUUUCAGAAGUGGAAUGUAACACAUUAGAGGUGUAUGCUAAAAGAUUUUUUGCAUGGUUUUUUUUUUUUUUUUUGCUUGUGUGAAUUCUACUUUUUAGCAAAAUAAAACCCUAAAAAGGAUGUGCAAGUGCGGAGUUUGCUGUGUCAAGUUUUUUUCACGUGACAUGGGAAGUAGCUUACUCCUACAUGGCCACAGAUAGAAGUUGGAGACAAAACAAAGCAUCCCAGGAGAAGACGCCUUUUCUGGUGCUCAACAGCGGUGGAAUCACCUUUAUAAAACAAGGAGAGAUGUGGGAAUGGUGCAGAUGUUUUGCAUGCAAAGGGAAUUGACCAGAUGAAUAAUGAGCUGAAGACCAGGCCUUGCCACACAGGGGUGUACUUUAAAGUAUAAGGAACAUGGAAUUGAAAGAUAAAUUUAUUUUGGGGCAAAAAAAUGUAUUGGAAAUCCAUGCAUCCUCUUAUUUUUGGAAAGUUUUGUUUGUUGACCUACUUGGUGGGCAAAUAUUUCAGAUUUGUUUAUUUUCAUUAUACUCUAAAUGGCUUCAUUUCUUUAAAAGCUGCUGCAUUUCUUUUCAUAUCAUUAGUUUUCAAGCAAGCUGAGAAUGAAAUCCUCUGGUGGCUUUUUUUUUUUUUUUAGCAAAUAAUGAAGAUCCUUAGGAAAACCAAUUCAUUCUUUUUCAAGGCAUUCUGUUUAUAGGCCUUACUUCCAAAUAAAGAGCAAAAUAUCUUAAUGUUUAA